AACUGAAACUAGAGAUAUUAUGAAAUAAGAUUGUAUCCUGUGUUACUACAAUUAUAAAAAAGAACAAGAAAUUAUUCUUCUUUCUUAAAGCAAAGCAAUUAUUAGUAAUAAGUCGUUUUAUCUUUACCUUGUCUAUCUUAGGAUUAUUUGUGUAAUACUCUAGUAAUUUCAUUUGAUCGAUACCCACAUUGAGAAGAGUUUAGUACACAAUGAGCAUUCGACUGUGCAACUACGUCAAAGAGAUUAGUUUACGCCUAAGAUAUAUUUUAUUUGAACUAUGACUAUUGGGACAUUAUUCGAGAAAUAAUUUAAUAUUUUUUGGUAUUUGUAAUUAAAACAAAAAUAAUUAAUCAAAGCGACAAAAAAAGAAUUUUCACUCUUAAUAUUACUAUUUUACCUCAAUUAUUUGAAUAAAAAUUGAAAAUUUCAUCGAUAAUCUCGAAAAUUAUGAUCAAUCGUCCAUUGGAAUAUAGUUUGCGUAUAUUUGGUAUUUGGCCAGAUUCUCCGUAUUCAAAAUUGAAAAUUAUUACUUGGACAAUAAUAUUGCCAACAUUUCUAGUAUUUCAAUAUUGGUAUUGUAUUACUCAUAUUAAAUUAAGUUUAAUUGAUCUAUUAGAUGGAUUAAGUCUUACUUUAUCGAAUACACUUGUUUUCAUCAAGUUAAUUGUUAUUUGGUUUCACAAACGAACGUUUUACGAAAUUCUGAUGUCCAUGAAGGAAGACUUGAAUAAUAAUUACUCUGUUACUGAAAAUAAACGAAUAAUAACGGAUAAAUCCACAUUGUCUUCUCGUAUUUCAAAUUUCUUAAUCAGUUAUUUCGCGAUUACAUUUUUCCUAUAUUCAGGAGUUGCUUUAGUAGUAUUUGACGAAGAUCAAGGAAAGUUUUUAGUCAGAAUGGAAUUUCCAUUCAUAGCCACAAUUUCUCCACGUUAUGAAAUUAUUCUGAUUAUACAAUUUAUAUUCGAGUCAUUCAUUGUUUAUGGUGCGGCUACAUCAAUAGCAUUAAUUGCAGCAUUAAUACUAUAUGUUGGUAGUCAAAUUGACUUAUUUUGUCAAAACUUAACUUUUCAUAGUUACAAGAAAAGAGAGUCGCAAUAUAUAAAGGAUAUUGUUGUGAGACAUCAAAAAAUUAUACAACUUUCAAAAAAUAUCGAAACAAUUUUUACUUAUAUAUCCCUAUGUCAAUUUGUAUCAAAUAUGUUGGUAAUUUGCUUUAUAAGUUUCGUUCUGACAGUCUCUUUGCAUACGGAACAAACAAUUGUAUUAAUAAUGAAAUGUCUUCCCUAUUACAUUGCUGUUAAUUGCGAAGCAUUUAUUCUGUGUUAUACCGGAGAAUAUAUUACUUCUAAGAGUGAAAAUAUUAACAAAGCUAUAUAUAAUUUUCUUUGGUACGAGUUAAAACCUCGAGAUGUUCGUAUUAUGCUAAUGAUAAUCUUACGAUCACAAAAGCAAUUAACGCUUACAGCGGGCAAAUUUGUCUGUCUUUCUCUAGAGGCAUUUGCUAAUAUGUUAAAAGCUUCUGCUUCAUAUGUGUCUGUUCUAUAUGCAAGGUACUGAAUUUUUAAGAAAUCAUUUCAAUAUGUUGCGGAUUUUUCAUUGAAAUAUAGACAAUUUUGAUGAAAUAUGUAGUAAAAUGUAUUAAAUUUAAUUAUUUGU